AUGCAUCUCAUCCUCACUGGCGCGACUGGCCUUGUUGGUGCAGCGGUCCUCGACAGCAUGCUAGCGCAGGAGAGCAUCAGCCGAAUUUCGAUCCUUAGCAGGCGGCCAGUGAAGAUGGCCGAGGGCCACGAGAAGGCCAAAGUCAUCGUCCAUAAAGAUUUCAAGACGUACGAUAAAACGCUGCUUGAUGAACUAAAAGAUGCUCAAGGUUGUGUGUGGGCGCUGGGCGUGUCACAGAACGAUGUUGACAAAGAAAAAUACGUCAAGAUCACGCACGAUUACACCCUCGCCGCCGCGCACGCCUUCAGGACCUUACAUCCUGACUCGCCCUUCACAUUUGUCUAUGUCUCGGGCGAGGGCGCUACACAAACGCCAGGCAUGUUCACACCCAUCUUCGGACGUGUCAAAGGCCAGACUGAGACGGCGCUGCUAAAUGUCCGCAAACAAAACGCGAAUUUCAAGGCUUUCAGUGUACGGCCGGGUGGUGUUGACUGGACUGCGCACCCAGAAAUCCACCCUUUCAUGCCGUUCCAGCCAGCCUGGAAAGCCGCGUUGGUUCGACCGAUGAAUCUCAUUUACAAGAGCAUGAUGACACCGACACAGCCCAUGGGCAAGGUUUUCACCGAGCUCGCGAUGAGCAAGGGCGAGCCGCUGGAGGGUACCGGUGUAGGGUUGGAAGGCACGUUGCUCACCAACAUCGGUAUCAGAAGGCUAUCGGGGCUGUGA